UAUGUGUGUUAGUAUCUAGAAGUAAAUAUGAUGAAGCAAGUUGUCAUUUUGUACGUGGUCGCUGCACUGUUAGUGCAAACUAUGGCGCGACCAGACGGCGCAGCCGCGGUAGGUACAAUACAAUCGGCAGAAGCGGCAGGAACAGCUGGAGCAGCAGGAGCGGCAGGGGCGGCAGGAGCGGCAGGAGCGGCAGCAGCGGCAGGAGCGACAGGAGCAGCAGGAGCGGCAGGAGUAGCAGGAGCGACAGGAGUAGCAGGAGCGACAGGAGCGGCAAAAGCGGCAGAAACGGCAGGAGCGGCGGGACUCGCAGGACCGCCAAGAGUGCCAGUAGCGCCACGACCCGUAGGACCGGCAGCGAUGCCAAGUAUGGCCCAGGCUCCAGCAGCGAUAAGACCAGAAAGCAUUUCCUCAAUGUUUGGAAUAGGCAAUUUUGUAAAAAAAGGCGAAGAAACAAUUGAAAACAUGUAUGGCUCAGUUAAACCUCUUUUCAAUGGUUUCCUUGGGUUUUAGAAAAUACAACUGAAACACAGCCCAGUAAAGCACGAAUUACUGCUACUGUUAUUCGUCAUGAAUAAUUAUCGACCAGAAAUUUUGUGCCCUUUGAUGAAAGUUAGUAGUUCUAAAAUGCAUAAUAAAAUAUAAAAUAUUA